GAACCCGAACCCGAACCCGAACCCGAACCCGAACCCGAACCCGAACCCGAACCCGAACCCGAACCCGAACCCGAACCCGAACCCGAACCCGAACCCGAACCCGAACCCGAACCCGAACCCGAACCCGAACCCGAACCCGAACCCGAACCCGAACCCGAACCCGAACCCGAACCCGAACCCGAACCCGAACCCGAACCCGAACCCGAACCCGAACCCGAACCCGAACCCGAACCCGAACCCGAACCCGAACCCGAACCCGAACCCGAACCCGAACCCGAACCCGAACCCGAACCCGAACCCGAACCCGAACCCGAACCCGAACCCGAACCCGAACCCGAACCCGAACCCGAACCCGAACCCGAACCCGAACCCGAACCCGAACCCGAACCCGAACCCGAACCCGAACCCGAACCCGAACCCGAACCCGAACCCGAACCCGAACCCGAACCCGAACCCGAACCCGAACCCGAACCCGAACCCGAACCCGAACCCGAACCCGAACCCGAACCCGAACCCGAACCCGAACCCGAACCCGAACCCGAACCCGAACCCGAACCCGAACCCGAACCCGAACCCGAACCCGAACCCGAACCCGAACCCGAACCCGAACCCGAACCCGAACCCGAACCCGAACCCGAACCCGAACCCGAACCCGAACCCGAACCCGAACCCGAACCCGAACCCGAACCCGAACCCGAACCCGAACCCGAACCCGAACCCGAACCCGAACCCGAACCCGAACCCGAACCCGAACCCGAACCCGAACCCGAACCCGAACCCGAACCCGAACCCGAACCCGAACCCGAACCCGAACCCGAACCCGAACCCGAACCCGAACCCGAACCCGAACCCGAACCCGAACCCGAACCCGAACCCGAACCCGAACCCGAACCCGAACCCGAACCCGAACCCGAACCCGAACCCGAACCCGAACCCGAACCCGAACCCGAACCCGAACCCGAACCCGAACCCGAACCCGAACCCGAACCCGAACCCGAACCCGAACCCGAACCCGAACCCGAACCCGAACCCGAACCCGAACCCGAACCCGAACCCGAACCCGAACCCGAACCCGAACCCGAACCCGAACCCGAACCCGAACCC